AUGAAAAUUGAGCCUUGCUAUGUGUGCGGAUCGCCUUGCUACCCGGGUCAUGGCACCAUGUUCGUCCGCAACGACGCAAAGUGCUUCCGGUUCUGCCGCUCAAAGUGCAGCAAGAACUUCAAGAUGAAGCGCAACCCGCGCAAGCUGAAGUGGACCAAGGCGUUCCGCAAGGCGGCGGGCAAGGAGAUGACGGUCGACUCGACUCUCCAAUUCGAGAAGCGCCGCCACGUCCCCGUCGUCUACGACCGCGACCUCGUCCAAGCCACUGUCGCAGGCAUGAAGCGUAUUGCCGAGAUCAAGGCUCGUCGAGAGCGGGCGUUCUUCAAGGCCCGGAUGGCGGCAGCCAAGGAGGGCCAGCUCACGAACGACUCGCUCGAGGUCACGCGGUCAGGACACCUCCUCACGCCCAGCAUGCAGGAGCAGACGGACGAGACGAAGAAGGCCAUGUCGGCGAGUCGGUUGUUGUUGCAGGCUCGGGCGGAGAAGAAGCGCGAGCGGCAGAUGCGGAACCAGAAGAAGCGGGCUGUUGGGUUCGAGGGAGGCGCGGACCUCGCGGGAGAGGGAGACGAGGAGAUGGACGAAGAGAGCGAGGAGGAGGAGGCAGAGUUGUCGAUGGCCGAUGCCUUGCGCGAGGCGGACAUGAGCAUGGACGUCGGCGAGGAGGAGGCGGCGCCCGCAGAGAAGAUCAAGCAGAAGGUCAAGGUCAAGAAGCAGAGUGCGCUCAAGAAGACGUCCGGUGGAAUGGGCAUGUCGAUGCGGUCAUGA